CUGAGGGUGAAUUUAUUAAAGACUGUGUAAUGGAAAUGGUUGAGAAAAUUUGUCCCGCGAAGAAGCAAGAGUUUGCCAAUAUUUGCCUGGCUCGUAAUACUGUGGUACGGAGAAUUGAAGACGUUUCAUUAGAUAUUAAGAGACAGUUAGAGGCAAAAGGAACUGAGUUUGACUUUUUCUCGUUAGCGUGCGAUGAAAGCACGGAUGCGUCCGACACCGCUCAGUUACUGAUCUUUUUAAGAGGAGUGGACAAUGACAUGAACAUGACAUGAAACUACAGUGGAAUAAAGUCACCGGGAUUAUUACGGACGGCGCACCUGCCAUGGCUGGCGAGCGGAGUGGAUUAUCAAACCUUGUCUGUAACAAAGUCAGCGAAGAAGGAGGCAGCGCUAUUAAACUCCACUGUAUUAUUCAUCAAGAAGUUCUCUGUGCCAAAUAUAUGAAAUAUGAUAAUGUUAUGAAACCGGUGAUAAAGACUAUUGAUUAUAUUCGCUCCAAAGCGCUGUGCCACCGCCAGUUUCAACAGUUUCUUCUCGACAUCCAGGCUGAAUACGGAGAUGUUUUGUAUCACACCGACGUAAGGUGGCUCAGUCGGGGGUCUGCGCUGCAGCGCUUCUUCUCUCUCAGGGAGGAAAUUGGACAAUUCUUGACUAAAAAGGGACAACCCAUUCCACAAUUAAAUGAUCCUGUUUGGCUGGCUGAUUUGGGAUUUUUAGUUGACAUAACGCGACAUCUGAAUGCGCUGAACACAAGCCUUCAAGGGCAAAAUGCAGUGGUAAGCCAACUGUAUUCACACAUCAAAGCCUUUCGGACCAAGCUGCUACUUUUCCAAAGACACCUGUCACAGGCGCAGCCCAAUACCCCACAUUUCCCGUCGCUGCAGGAAAUUGUGACCAGUUUCCCACAGAUCAAUAUUAGUGCGCAAAUGACAAAGUAUGCAGCAGACAUCUCAUCUCUGGUUGAGGAGUUUCAGCAGCGCUUUCGGGACUUUGCAGCUAUUGAAAAGGAGAUCACGCUUUUUUCCUCUCCUUUCUCCGUGGACCCUGAUGACGCUCCAGACCACCUGCAACUGGAGCUCAUUGAGCUGCAGUGUGACGCCGAGCAUCGCAGUCGGCACCAACAGCUCCCUCUUGUCAACUUCUACCGCCAGCUGGAUGAAGGCAGGUUCCAAGCAAUUCGGACAUUUGCUAAGAAAAUGCUGAGCUUGUUUGGCUCCACAUACAUGUGCGAGAAGACAUUCUCCGUUAUGAACAUUAACAAGAGCCGCAUGAGGACGAGACUGAGUGACUCUCACCUGCGUGACGUCUUGCGCAUCAAAACCACUGCUCUUGAGCCAGACAUGGGCUACAUACUGCAGUCAAGAUCCCAGUAUCACCCUUCACAUUAGUGCAGGCAAGACCUUUGUUAAGUCCUCUGAGUUGAAUAAAUUCUUAAAUCUCAGUUAAUUAAUUUUUUGUGAUGGUCAAAAUCACAGUUUGAAUAUGCAGUGAUCAUUGUUUUGUUUUCAGCACUUUUCCUACAGUGAGCAUAUAAUAGUGAAUAAUAUGUAAUGUUUCACAUGAACUUAGAUAUCCUUUAUAGUUUUCUUAAUUUUUUGUGGUUUGUGAUUUCGGUAAAAACCUAAAUGUAAAAAAAAAAUGUAAAAGUAUGCCAUUUGUAAUUAAAUAAAAAAAAAAUCCCAAAAAGUUAAUUUGUAUUUAAUGUUAAUGGUUCAAAGAAUGUCAGGCUAAAUAGUCGGCCCCCACACAUUUUCACCUUACCAAAUCUGGCCCUCUUUGCAAAAAGUUUGGACACCCCUGCUUUACACGAUCAUGAUUUUUGGGGCUGAUCAGCAAGUUUAAAAAAAAUAAAAUUAAAAAAAAGAUAAACCGAUCACUGAUUCACUCACAAGAUGGACUAAUGAGUCUACUGUGUAUAAUUGUGUAUUUAAUAGUUAAAAAAAAUUGAAAAAAAUAUUUUUGCAAUAAAUGAUGUAUCUGUUCAUCUAUUUAUGCCAGUGAGGCAUAUUAAUAGUCUUCUGUUAGAUGGCAGUAACUACCAGCAAUUAACCAAUUAACGUAUCUACUUUUUGUGACAUGAUUGUGUGCCUUGAGAUUUUUCAAUUGUAAAGUAUGUGCGUUGGCUUAAAAAAAUAAUUGGAAUUCAUUGCAUUUCUCAGGUCAUCUUUUCUACACAACUGUAGCAUGUUUAUACACAACCAUGAAGAUUAGCACUAGCUUGCUAGCCUACGGAACGUUUUGCUUUGCUUUUGAGUUGCAUGAUAUUAAAAGUAUGUGAACAUACUGUACCUCAAGCAAGCCUUACACAAAGGCCUGCACUGGGGACCACCAACAGUUGCCCCCCUCCUGCCCUUUCAUCUUAUAAUAGUCGGCACAAUCCACUUAUGUUGUCAUCCCCACGAUAACAAGUGCAUCCAGUUGCAUUUGAGUUGACAAGCUAAAGCCCAAUGAUCGUAAAAAAAAAAAAAAAAAAAAAAACAGGACGUGGCGAUAUCAGAAUGGAAGAUUUUAUUUCAGUAGUCUGACAUUGUACCAAUCAUGAAAGAGCAAAUUUGUCUUGUAGUCUAAUCCUUGCAUGUCUCAGCUGUCUCUGCCUUUGUGUCAUUUUUUAAAAAUAACUUUAUAGGCUGUCAGAUAUUUACAGUACUAUGUAAAAAGACAUAUAACAAACUAUAUAAAUGCUAUUGUAUAAAAACUAGCUUUUGGAUUCAGAUAUACUGUUCACGACAGAAAUGCUGAGUAAAAUGUCUUUCUCGGAUUGGAUCACCAAGUGGUAUCAAAAGUGAUCACCAAAUUGGCAAAAAAAUGCCAAUUAUUGGCAAAUAUUGUCAGCUCAAUCAAAUCGGUGUAAGUCUUAAUUAUUACACACAACUUAAUUUCUGAUCUUAUUUUCGCUGCUUUCUUUGUAUUUAUUAGUUGUUGUUCCCAACAUCUGGUAAAUGUUAGUAGCACCUUUAGAAAUACAUGGAAUGAGAAAUGAAUCAAUACUUGAUUAAAAAAAUAAAAAUAAAAAAAGGACAAACUCCGACUGCAAUGGACAAUCAAAAUGGCUCAACGGAUUGUCGGCACCACUCUACCCACUGUUGAGGACUUGCAUGCAACGCGAACUAGAUCCAGAGCAGGCAGGAUCCUUUCGGAUCCUCCAGAUCCUGGCUACCAGCUCUUCCGGCUCCUUCUGUCGGGAAAGUGCUACAGAUCAAUGGAAGUCAAAACUACCGGGCAUUCGAACAUAUUUCUCUCUCUGGCAAUUAAGUCAUUAAAUUCUUGAUCUGCGAACAUACUAUUUUCUGCCUUGUGCCAUUGUUAAGUCACGUCCUGCUGGUCCAGUCAGCAUUAGUAUUAGCAAUACAGGGAGUCCUGGGUCUACGACUGACAUCCGUUCCUACAGUAGCGACUUAACUUGAAUUUUGACUGAAGUCGGAUUUCACCGUUAAAGUCAAAAUUCCGAUGACCACUGGGAUUGGCUUCAGCAUUCCCGUGACCCUCGAGGAUAAGUGGCUGGGAAAAAUGGGUGGGUAUGGGUAUAAAAAAAACUAAAAUACAUUAAAGUAAAAAAUAUAAGAUGCUUCACUUACUAUAAAGAAAGUGAGGCUAGGAUGGUGAAGAAUGAAAGGAGGCUGUGCUCAGCUAUUGCUAAGUAAGCAAGUGCCGGUAGCCAUUGUCACCAGUAAAUUCCUCCUCGUUGUCCUCUCCAUUUUGCUCUUUCAAAGUUGGGAAAAUACACCGUCCAUUUUCCCUUAAUGAACAUGAGGUUGAUAUUAAGCCAACGUUGAUUCGGAUCCUCGAUCCAUAAUGUAAGUAAUCUUCAUCUUAAUCUCCAUCUUGGCAACAAUCGAAGAACGUUGCUUCGUUUUUGUUUUUUUUUUUUCCUUAUCACAAAAAAAGUUGCUCCGUGAUCACUGUAUCUCUCAUGAGGGCGAAACUCUUCACGUACGCUAAAAUACGGGUUUUGUCCUUAAUAAUAAUUGCUACGGUCAUCUGACUGAAGCCCAAGUCUUUGUGUGUCAUGUCCGUCGGUGUUAAUCCUGUCUCUGUGUUAGUUUUUUUUUUUUUUUAAUGAUGUUAAGCUUCGU